GGCAGCUGUCGCCCCAACUCGGGGCCUCGGGCGGGCCUGGAAGGGGGGGCGGCAGUGGCAGCGGCGGAGGCAGCUGCGGCAUUCGAGCUUCUCUGUCUCUGUCUCUCUCUUGGAGCCGCCAAGCGAGGCGGGCGCAGCACACGGAAAGCCGCCUGCUUUGGGCUCCUUUGCGGCAUCAGAAAGGGGCAAGGAGCGGGGGCGGAGAAGGCCAAAGCCCCCCCAACCCAUCCCCGAGACCCCCUCCAUUUGGGCAGCCGUCUCCUUCCUGCCCUGACAUCAAGGCGGCUCUUCUCCUCCCAACCUUUAUGCUCACAACAAGGACCCUGUAAGCUUUGCUCCUGAGAAGAACCUCCGCCGCCAUGAGUCGCCGGGUGGUGCGCCAGAGCAAGUUCCGGCACGUCUUCGGGCAGCCGGUCAAGGCCGACCAGAUGUACGAGGACAUCCGGGUCUCCAAGGUCACCUGGGACAGUGGCUUUUGCGCCGUCAACCCCAAGUUUGUGGCCAUCAUCGUGGAGUCCGGCGGAGGGGGCGCCUUCAUGGUCCUGCCGCUCCACAAGACUGGUCGCGUGGACAAGAACAUCCCUUUGGUCACGGGCCACACGGCUCCGGUGCUGGACAUCGACUGGUGCCCCCACAACGACAACGUCCUUGCCAGCGCCUCCGAGGACACAACCGUCAUGGUCUGGCAAAUCCCAGAUUACAUCCCGACCCGCAACAUGACGGAGCCGGUGGUCACUCUGGAAGGACAUUCCAAGCGGGUCGGGAUUCUCACCUGGCACCCCACGGCACGCAACAUCCUCCUCAGCGCAGGGGGUGACAAUGUCAUCAUCCUCUGGAACGUGGGCACCGGCGAAGCCCUCUUGACCCUAGACGACCUCCACACCGACCUCAUCUAUAACGUCUGCUGGAACUAUAACGGGAGCCUCUUUGUCACGACUUGCAAGGACAAACACCUGAGGAUCAUUGACCCCCGGAAGCGCCUCGUGGUCGCGGAGAAGGUGGCUCCCCACGAAGGGAUGAGGCCCAUGCGGGCCGUCUUCACCAACGACGGACUCGUCUUCACCACGGGCUUCACCCGCAUGAGCCAACGCGAACUGGGCCUCUGGGAUCCGAAAAACUUCGAGGAGCCCAUCGCCCUUCAGGAAAUGGACACAAGCAACGGGGUCCUGCUCCCUUUCUACGACCCCGAUUCCAGCAUCGUCUACCUCUGCGGCAAGGGAGAUAGCAGCAUCCGGUACUUUGAAAUCACGGAUGAAGCACCGUAUGUCCACUAUUUGAGCACUUACAGCAGCAAGGAACCCCAACGCGGCAUGGGAUAUAUGCCCAAGAGAGGGCUGGACGUCAGCAAAUGCGAAAUCGCCAGGUUCUACAAGUUGCACGAACGCAAAUGUGAGCCCAUCACGAUGACGGUCCCACGAAAGUCCGACCUCUUCCAGGACGACCUUUAUCCUGACACGCCGGGACCAGAACCAGCUUUGGAGGCAGACGAGUGGCUCUCGGGGAAAGAUGCCGAGCCUAUCCUGAUCUCGCUGCGGGACGGAUACGUCCCUGUCAAGAACCGGGAACUAAAGGUCACCAAGAAGAACAUCCUGGACAGCAGGCCGCCUGUCGGACCCCGUCGGAGCCAAUCCACCUGCGACACCAACUUCUCGCGCUCCGCUUUCGAGGAGCUCCUUGAGGAGAUCAAGUCCCUGCGACAGACUGUCCAAGCCCACGAAAAACGCAUUUCCGACCUGGAAAAUAAACUCUGCCAGUUCACCAACGGGACGGAUUAACCCGUCCUUCCCCCCGUGUCCCUCCCGUCUCCGCCGCGGAUGCGCUCCUCCUCUCCGGAGUCCCGGAUUCGGAUCUUGCUGGCACCUCUUUUCCUUCUGACAUUUCUGCUUGUUAACGUCUCCAUGGUUCGGCGGAUUUGGGGAGAAGUCGUGCUCCGGCCCCAUUUCUAGCUCCGUCCCUCUACUUCUUUCCUUCCCCAGAUUCGGGAAAGGGAAAGCGGUGGAUUCGCCGAUUGUUAUUUUUGUGUGGAUUGUUUGGCAUGUUAGCGGAUGGCAAAAUGAGGUCAUCUUUGGAGAAAGCAAUAUGCUCUCUUUUGGGUGGGAGGAACGACAGCUCCUACAAAUGGGGUGUUAAGUGUGUUUGGGAGUCAUUUGUGGAAAGAGGGGUGGGUUGGUUUUUAUGUGGCGUUGUUUGACCCUGCAGGCGGGGAAACAUGGGUUGGUGGAAAGUAUUAUGGGAUGGAUUUGACAGAAUCCUUCAUUUUGUUUGGGAUGCGAGUGGUGAAGAGACAUGGGCUAGUAUGGGAUGGCUCUACGAAACGCUCCUCUCCCAUUGUUUAUAUGUCCAAACUAUAUAUUGUUCUAUGCAAGAGGUAUUGGUUGAAGGAGAGGGCAUUGGAAGAGGAAAUACGGGGAACGAGCUACAGAAGAUGAUGAUGAUGAUCAUAAAAAUAAUCUUGUUUGUCCAACCACGGUAAGUUCCCCCACUUGGGCCAAGGUUUGGAGCGUAGAGGGUUCAGUGGAGUGCAUUGUCCUCACAUAACCCUUUGAAGCUUGUCACCUUUAUGGAGCUUGUGGGGAUGGGGUUAGGGAAUGGGAGGGAAAAGGCCCUCUGCUCAUUUGCAUAUGCUGAUUAAAAUAUUCAUGCAUUUAAAAA